AUGUUGCUAAUUCCCGAAGAUUUUCCUGUAGAUUGUAUUAGAGAAAUCAUAACAUAUAUGAAAUACGAUUUCAAUUCCCUUCAUUCUUGUCUUACGGUUAAUAAAAAAUUCGGUGAAAUUGCUAUCGAGAUUUUUUGGAGAAAUCUCUGGACAUCACGGGAACAUGAUGGCUUUUCUGAAGGCGCUUAUAGUUUUUGGGCUGCUGUUCUUCGAGCAUUAAUUUCUUCUUUACCAAAUCAAUCCAAAGAUUUUUUGAUUAAUAAUGGUGUCACAAUACCUCGCCAAGGUCAUAGAAAGCAAUUAAUGUAUGACUAUCCUAGCUAUUGCAAAACAAUGGAUUGCUUUGCAAUUUCUAAUAUGAUAGAGCAAGUGAUUAGUGUGACUCACCAAAACGAUCGUCCUAGAAGAAUACAAUAUAUUCAACACCUUUUACAACAGGAAAUAUGCAAAUUAUUGAUAGAACGAAGUAUCUCUAUACCAAUCCUUAAAUUUGAGAACGAAUUCCCCGUCCCUUAUUUUCCAGGCGCUGAUAAAUGUUUUGAAAAACUGUCUGAGCUACAUUGUCAUACAGCCACACCAGAUUUUCUCUUCUAUGCUUUGGCACAGAAUUGUAAAAAUAUUCAGACCAUUAUUAUCGACUUUUUUGAUGAAGAUAAUAUUGGUCUAUCAGGUUUGAUUGACGUACAACAAAAUCUCAAACGAUUAGAAUGUAGAAUCGAUGAACUAGCCGAAUCUCAAAGGUUCCCUGCAAUUAUUGACGUGAUAAAAUCAAAUGCAAGCUCAUUUGUUCAUCUCGAACUUUUACAUUUUAUGUGUAUUCCACCCCCGAUAAUCUCACUAAUGCAACAUUUAAAAGUACUUAAGAUCUUGUUGAACGAAAUGCCAUAUGAUGAUGUUUGGGAAGAGCUUGCAUCAGUACGUUUGCCACAGCUGGAAAUCCUUCAUAUUUCUCUGCGUUCACUAAGAUUAGAAACUUUACAUUCUUUAAUUGCAAAAAAUUAUGAUAACCUCAGCACAUUAAUAAUUGAUUUUCGUCCAACAAGUAGUCAAUCAAUAUUCUUCAAUGAAACGGUCGCCCAAUUUUGUCCGAAUUUAAAAGUCUUUGCUACAUGGUUUCUAAAUAAUGAAUUUGAUGUACUUGAGGAAAUAUUAAACAAAUGUAAACAUUUGGAAGAAUUAUUCCUUCAAGCCUUUGAUAAUAUGAAUUUAAAUAGUUAUAGGUUGUUCAAAUUAUUAGAGAUAAUUACGCCAAAGCAUUUUUGGACAUUAGGAUUGUCAGGGAAUUGGUGCGAUCCAUCAGAUGCUCUGAAAUUUUGUUUUGAAAGCUGGAAAAAGAAAAAGAACCAUGUUUCUUUAAUUUUCUCUGAGAAUGUAUGCAUUAGUUCCGAGCACAUGGAUCUUAUUCUUCAAUAUAGUGAAGAAGGAGUAGUUAGACAGUAUAAAAUUGUAGUCGAUCCCGUAAGGCAUGAAUUCAAUUAUUAA